CCCCAACAGCACGGGUCUGUUGCCCCUGUCGCCGCCGAAGGCGGAAGUGGACGAUUCUCCACUCCAGAAAUCAAUGGACAAGAACAAGGAGUCACUGAAGGUGAAGUUGAUGUUGAGGCGGCCCAUCAACCAGCUUGUGGCACAGGGAAUCAUGCCACCGCUGAAAACGCCGCCAGCAUUCCACGAGCAACGCCAAAAGUUGGAACGUGCCAAGAUGGGUGAUCUGCUCAAAGCCAAAAUUCAGCAACGUCCUGACAGACAAGAACUUAUUAGACAACACAUCCUAGAAGCUGACAUGGGGCAUGUAGAUCCUUCACUAGCGGAGAGACAACGAAUGCUAAAAAAGGCUCGUUUGGCAGACUCAUUAAAUGACCAGCUGUCGCAUCGACCUGGCCCACUUGAACUUAUCAAGAAGAAUAUCUUGCAUACAGAGGAGCCUAUUGAGAGAGCAGUCAAAGAGGGUGUCAUACCAUUCAAGGCAACAUGUGAGGGCCAAUUAACAAAACCUCAACAUCCAAACCGAUACAUAACAUUUGAAGAAGAUUCUCAAAGUUCUGAAGGUGCACAGUCACCUCUGGAGAUGCAUUCAUCAACAUCUAUACCAGAAGUGAGAUCACAGUCAGAUGUCUUAGAAGCAGCAGCAGCAUCAGCUGGAAUUGUGACUGUUGCCUUGACAAUCCCAACCACAGGAGGAGCUGUUGUUGUUACAUCAGCUUCUCCAGCCACAUUUCAACAAGCUGUUGCAGCAUCGGUAUCCCCUAGCGCGGACCAUCGGCAACAGACUGCAACAGUGACAUUUGCAGAUCUCUGCAGCAAUGUAAUUGGUGGAAAUGCUCAAUUACCAUCAGUGACUGCGGCUACCACGUCCCUGCCCACUAUCUUGCCCCUUGCUCCAACACCAAGCCCCAUGAGCCUCGGCUCCACAACCUCUAGCCUAAGUCCGCUGAGUUCCGUGUCUGUAUCCUCGCCUCCGGCACCCCCCACGCCUUCACCAGCCCUCACAAUCACGCCAAGGCCCGCGCCUCAACCAUCACCAAUUUCAGCCGUCUCUUCGCAUCGUACUGAUGCUCCAGGCAAAGACAAAAACAGGAAGAAAUCUAAGUCCAAGUCACAACCAAAGACCAGGACUAUCAAGUUCCAUGAAUACAAGGGUCCACCAAAUGCCCAUAAAAGCUCUGCCAUGAGUGCUGCCUCUCCUGUUGAGACGUCAUAUGAGCUGCUACUUCAGCAACAGCAGUUGUUUCUCCAGUGGCAACUGGAAUGGCAGCAUAAGUAUCCACAGAUCAUCUUGCCAGCUGCACAGAAGCCACUGUCUGUAAGCACAGACUCUGUGAGUAAUGGCAGUGCUGCAACAGCUACGUCGCUAUCUGGCAUGAUCGCAGUAGCGUCGCCCCCAGCCGCCCAGACCCACUCUGCGGGAGGCACCGCAACAAGUGCCUCAGCCACAGUUACUGUGGCAGCUCCUAGCUCAAACUCCAGCUCUGGAGUACCAGUUCCUUCGCCUGCAACACCACACCCUCCCACACCCCAGCAAGAGCAGCCACAACUGCAAUCACAGCAGCACACACUGCGAAUCCUGACCAAGUUGGAGGACAUGAAAGUAAGUGACCUAAAAGCAGAGCUCAAAAGGAGAAAUCUGCCUGUGUCAGGCUCAAAGCCUCAGCUGAUAGAACGCCUGAAACCGUUCACUGAUUCCUUAAGUGGCACAUCACAGCAACAACAAGACAGCCACAUGACAUCUGUCACAAGCACGUCCAUCAUGAGCCCCACCACGAGUACUACUACCACAACGGCAGCAACAACCAUUCCAGUGACCCAGAUGGGUCACAUUCUCAUGGACACACCUGGCCCAGUUAUUAGUGAGGAAUCGUUGUCAGGUUUGUCAAUGGAGACCCCUGUUUCCCCACCCACACAGCAGAUGUCCCUCGUACUGGAUGGCUCCGGAGGAGAUGAUGAUGUGAGUUUGCCUAAUUUCUCACCCAGCUCACAACAUCAACAGCUGUCUCCAUUAUCACAGAAUAUGUCUCCAGACUCGGUUGCGGCUGCUGACCUCGACAUGGACACGACAGAUGGCAAUCCUCUUACUGUGAGCUCCCCAUCAGGACAGCAAGGUUCACCUCCACCUCCAUCACCCCAGCAGCAACAGACUCUGGUCAGCGAGGACAUUAUUCGCGAUCAGCAACGUAAGAUUGAGGAGCUUCAACGUGAACUACUCAAGUCACAGCUGCAGCUGCAACAGUUUCGCAACAGCAAGGAACUGAGUAGUGCUCCACACCUGAAGCAGCAGCAACAGGCUCUGGUAGCAGUACCAUCCACCUCGCUGUCUAGUGGCAUUGUCAUCAAUCCAACCACUACUAGUCCUGUAACCACAUCAGCUGUUGCAGCCUCAAAACAGCAGAAGCUUAAGCAGCACCUCGUACAGAAAAUACAUCAACAGCAACUCCAAAUGCAGCUCCAACAACUUCAGACACUUCAGCAACAGCAACAACAGCAGAGGCAACAGCAGCAACAGCAACAACAACAGCAGCAGCAACAGCAUGUUGCAUUCCAGCAGCAACAGCAAGGUUUGAAUGCAAAGGCAAGUCUGGCAGCAUUCCUUCAGAGUCAGAGUCAACAGCAGCAGAUAGCAAACUUGCUUCAGCAGCAACAUCAACAUUCAGUUGUUAACAACAAGAAUAACAACAAUAAUAAGAGAACCAAUGCAAAGAGCAUUGUCCUGGGACAGCAGCAGGCAGCAAUUGUGCUGAACCAAUUAAACCUCCACAAGCAGAAGGCAUCGGCUCUCAAUGGUGUGUCUAGCCACCAGAGGACUUCAUCUUUACCCAACUUCUUUGGUUCCUUUGUUACCCAGCAGCUACAUCAACAGCACCAUUCAGCAGAUAGCUCAAAAGAUGCAAGUUCAAAUACUUCCUCAGCUCAGAGUGGCUCAGACUCACAGCAGUUCCUACUCACAAAGCCUCCCCCACAGUAUGAGGAAGCUACAAAGCAGUUGAAGGUAAAACAGGAAACGAACACAAACGUUUCAGGCAGCAAGAGCAGCAGUUCCCGUCCAAAGAGUGUGAAGAGCCAGAUAGUAGAUGAUGUGUUGGAGAUUCUGAUCAAGAAUGGCGAGCUGCCUCCGAGUGCUGCCCAGGAUCCUGGGACUCCAACCACACCCAGUCGUUCCAUGCCACAAGGUCUUGUUUUUGUCAGUUCGACAGAUACCGCAGAGAACCCAACUCCAGCCACAUCCCCGCCUGCACCUCCACCCCCACCACCGCCUCCUCCUCUUCCUCACACCACUUUUGCCAUAACCUUGCCCACCGCUAUGUCCCUCACCAGUCAUGCAAGUGGCAGCCCUUUUCACAUGCAGUUCUCUGGGUCAGACUCUUUGGACUUCAUCCUGGAUAAUGUGGAAGGAAAUGUCUCUGGCGACUGUCAGCAACAAGAGUCACAGAAUCAUCCACUGAUAGUGAAUACUGACUUGCAAGGAGCUCCACCAGGCAUUGAUCUCAAGGAGCUGGGCCUAGACUUAGAGACCUUGGACCCCAUGGACUUUGGUCAGCUUGACUGUAGUGACCUUGGGGUGCCAGUUGUGAAGGUAGAACCUUCAGACCUUUUGGAUCCUGUGACAGACAUGGAGAUAGUUGGGCCAGGUGGGGAGAGUAGCACCUUAAAAUUAGGUCAGCAUCAAGUGUGUGAGCUGAUGGACAUCGGUGAAAUGCCCAUGGACAUGGAUGAUGCUGACUGGCUAGAAUCAUUAAUGCCCCCAACAAAUGCUUCAUCAGGAGGUAGUGGAGGUGACGUAGAAGGCAGCACCUCGGUGAUGACCUCUCCACAUCAAAGCUCAUUCCUUUCAGCCUCUUCCACCCAAGGAAACUCAUUUCAUUUCAACCAUAACCAUCUUCAUAAUGGUCAUCACCAUGUUGAAUUGGAAACAUACGACCCUCUGUUAUCUAACAGCCAAGACCCAUUCGAUCUCUUCAACAUUGAAGAGUCAGAUUUCAAAAUGGCUGGAGACCUCAAUACAGCACUUGGCUGGGGUGACAAAGUGGAUUUUGCAACUUAGCAGUCUUCAAUGUGGAGUUCUUGGCUGUAGACAGUCUGCAGAAAGAAUGCUGGCCUAAUACAGUGAAAUAGUCUGGAAACUUCCAGAAACUUCAUCUAACAAAUUUCUGACCAUCGAAGAGGGAGAAGAAGAACAAUAAUAUGAGGAUGAUGAAGAAGAAGGAAAACAGCUUUUGCAGAUUUAGUGCAAAGAUACAUCUGUUGCUAAGAAACAUAACCCACUAAUACAUUUUUAAAUGCUAAUUAGAAGUUUCGGGAAGUGUAAAAAAGAGUUAUGACUAUAAUUGUGACUUCUCAAAGUGAAACGUAAUAUCAUGUGCGUAGUUAGGUCUACAGGUAACAGGGAGUUGUUACAAAGUGAAGAGUUUGAAUGUGGUGCAAGAAUACUAAGAACAAACCAAAGUGGUGUUAAUUUGCCCAUAAUUUAUAAGGUGCAGGAUCACUUUCAUUUAUUUAUUAAUACUUGAGGUAUAUUCCACAAGCACAGUCAUGUAGUAGAAUGUUUCCGUCUUCUCGAUGACAUGCCAUGAAUUGAAAUGUUCGUGACAACAAAAGACUCCGUUGUUCUUCAUGAAUCAAACAGUGCCUUAUUGUGUCUGGGGGAAAUGCAGAUGUACAUAGACUGCCCCUGUCAUCUUGUAAACAGAACCUCAGAAACACAACCAAUAAUUUUAAUAUAUGAACACAGGUAUAAAGGACCAUAAAGACAAACGAGAUGAGUAAUACAGAAUUGAUGGACCACUGCAUGCAAACUUAUGCUUCUACAGAUUGUCAUAAUGUUUGCGGAAUUAGAUCGUAAGUCAAACUGGGACACAAAGGAAAAAUCUUUGAACACAUUCAGUUUAAAAAAUUGAAACAUCCCACCAUAAUUGACUGCCGAGAAUGUAACUACUAUAUAUAUAUAUAUAUAUAUAUAUAUAUGUGUGGUUGACACUUCUACAUCAAACAGACCUGGCUGCUUGCCUGAAAACUUAACUGUAGGAAUUAAAUAAGAUUUUUACUUUUCCAACUGAAGCUUUGUGAAAAGAAAGUUUUUAAUUUACUGUUAUUGAAUCUGAUAAUUCCUAUGCUUCCUUAGGAUAGAAGCUUUGCUGGCUUCAAUGCCUACUUUACGAGUUGUUCCUUGACAUUUGCUGAAGUCUGUUAUUUAAAAAAAGUUAUUACUAUGAAUGUUACUAUAAUUAUUCCCUAGUACUUAACACAUUCAUAUUGCAGUAAUGCUUCCAGUUUGGUGAGGCCAUUACAUUAGCUGUUAGUGAGUGCAAAAUCUUGGAGUGUGUGUGUGUGUGUGUGUGUGUGUGUGUGUGUGUGUGUAAAGUUUAAUUUGGAGUAAUGUUGGCCGUUUCCCACGAAAUUGCAUCACUUGUAAACAGUUGUAUGUUUGUACAAAUUUUCAAAGACUCGUGCUCAAUUUAUCAUUUCUUUUACACUUCAUGAACAAACUAAUAGAUAGUUGGUGCAUCCUUAGAACUAAUGAAGUAAACUGGCUUUCGUAAAUCUACAGUGUAGAAGGUGUAACUUUCUGGGAGGCUUCUAAUUGUCUUAUUCAGAUGUUGACUGUAUUAUAAAGACGCCUUUGUUAUGCAAAAUUUUGACAAAGUGGUUAGUGACAAGGGGGAUAAUGGUAUUUAAAUUAAAUGAUUCUGCUUGUGAAAUGUUUAAAUUGUGUGUUUUUUAAAGAAACAAAAAGAACAGUGUUUUUGCGUGCAAUUUAACCUAGGGAUGUGUGUCAGUGUAGAGUUUGCAUAUCUGUAUCAUAUUUGUUGUGUUAUGUAAAUUUCUGGCAGCUAUACAAAAUAUAUAAAAACACACACACACUCAAGUUCUUUCAGUGACGAUAGUGGUCUUUAACAUGCAGAAUUAUAGUAAUAGAUGUUACCCACAGUUACUUUUUAAUAAUGGUGCUUGUUCCAUCAGAAAUUAGCUGGUACAUUAGUAGAAUUAUUAACAAAAUGGCAGUCCUGCAAACAAAAUUGAAAGUGAAACAAGAUUUUGUCCAGGAUGUUACCAUGUGGCAUGGUACUCCAUUUUUUCUGAUUUGUUUGUUUUAGUGACAUUCCAUGUAUGAAAAAAAUGAGCUUCCUAGAGGACCUGCUUCAUUCUUUUGUAAGUGUACUGUUGGACAGUCUGAUGACCCAUUUCUAGUCGUUCCACAUAUUCAAAAGUGCUCAUUUCCAUGAUAUCAAGAAUCGGCCAUUUUGUAGUUCUUGAAAACAGAGUAUUUUAUAAGGUUUUGUAUACGUAUAUAUUUUUGUUUAUUGAACAUAAAAUGCGUAAAGAUAGCAUUUAAGGUUUAUAUUGAAAGUUAAAGAAAUGACUCCCAAGUUACGUGUAUUGUUGUUAUCUUGGUUAACACAGUGUUGUACAUAACGGUCAUAUUUUCCACAGAUAUAGCUGUGUUUUCUUGCUGUGUGCUGCAGAAAUAUCAUGACUUGUUGAUAACCAUUAUACAUUCCAAGUAGAACCAUACAGAAUGAACUACUAGCAGCAGCAGAGCAGUGCACGAUAUGAGUCAGGGUAACCUCUUAUUGAUUUAGGAGACAAGAUUUUUCUUCUGCUCUGUUUCCAUUAAAAUAUUUCCUGUUAAAUAAAGAUGGCAGAAUUAAACACAGACUCCAUCACAAGCUGUUCUUUCAAAUGUGAUGUUGCAGGAAUUAUUUUUUUUCAUUUGCGAUGUCCAGCCUGUACUUGGACUCACUCAGUCCCUUAUCGAGUGGGUGCUAGGGAUUCUUUCUGCAUUUGUAAAAGGGCCAGACCGUGAAGUUUGCCACUACCUCCACCUAUUACUAAGUUCUAGAAUGGAUGUUAUUUCACCAUAUGAAUUUUAUACGUCUUCAUAGAGUGGUGUUUGGAUUCAAAUAUUUCAUUCUGUAGUAAUACUUUAAAAGGCCCCCUGCCAUUGGGUUUAUCCAUAUGGAUAUAAAAUUGUUUGCUCUAGAAGAACAUGCAAUAUGGUUUUUCCCUUUAAAGGUUUCUGUUGAACAUACAGUAUUGAAGUAUUAAAAGUCUCAGUUCUUAAGCUGUGUGUUAUUUUAAAUUGUAUAUAAAGCUGCUUUCUUUCUCCUUCAUACAUUUCAGUUGCUAUGUAGCAUUUAAUACACUGUUGUGGAACUGGACAGUGAAGUGAAGGAGUCUGUGUACUAGAGCAUCUUUGGCACUUCUGCAGAGCUAAGUUGGGAAAAUGUGUGACCAAAUUUCUCAGGUAUUCGGAUCCUUCAACAUUUCACGUAAACUUGAUGAUAGAAGAGACAUGCACCAGUACAUAAAAAUAACCAGGUAUAGGAAACCGACUAGAGUUUUGCUGGCUUAUAUAUUGUCAAAAUAUAAUGAAGUUUGAUUAAAUUUGAUCACAUAACAGCACAUAUUCAUACCAGAAGGGACAGCUUCAGCUGAGAAAGUCUUUCGUAAUAGGAUUUUUUUGUGCAUAUCUUUUGUAUGUGCUUAAGUUUUUGGACUUUCGUCAGGUUUAUUACUUGCAAGAUGUAAAAUUCUGUAGAACAGAAGCAACUGACCUGUAAUUUUAAUGGGCAUUUAUAGAGAAAAAUGUAUUAUUAUAAAUUCAAGUGCUAUAUUUUAUCAUUCAUGAUUCAUUAAUUAAUUAAUGACUGACAAAUAUUCAUACAAAUUCCAAAAUAUUCUGAUGAAAUUAUUCUCUUAUCAUUUGACACUAUCCCAAUUUGAGCUCUGCUGUACAGCCUACUGCAAGAGCCUUUUAAUACUUAAGCACAUAGAUCUGGUCAGGUGACACUGAAAUAUUGUGAACAAGACAUCUGAGUGAUUUAUAUUGAAUAUUUAAAUAUGUACAAUUUAGAAUUAUGAACACUAUUUUUAUAGGAUAUUACUUCUUCCAUUAAUUUAAAGAAUCAGUCACUGUUUAUUGAAAUGGUUUUUGAAUAAUUAAAGGUUUUUCUGACCUUGCAGUAAUAAAUUGCUUUUCUAAAUUAUUUUAAAUACUGUUUGGCUUGUGACACUACUACUGUAGUGAACUGUGGAUAGUCAGUUUUCUGAACUAAAUUUAUUUGUAUGUUUCAUUAAUCACAGAUUCUUAAAUUCGUAAUACAGACUACAUUUAAUUUAGAAACACUGCAGUGUACUGAUUUAGCAAUAAUUGGAUCAUAGCUACUUCAGAAAUGAACAUUAAAUUCAGAUCAUUGAACUGGUAAGUGAACAUGUGUUUGUUGUGACAUACCAGCUUCAAUUUUGAAUGCCUUGUGCAGUAAUGGCUCCCAACACAGAGAUUUGUGCUAAGAUUAUUUAUUUUUACAGUUGAUCCUUUGGUCAUCAGUCUGUCCAUUGCACAAGGUGAUGGUAGUGGUGGUGGUGGUAGUGUUGUGUCGUACUGUCGCAUGUCUGAACACUUUUCUUUCUUUAUGUCCACUACUGAGGUAUCACAAAUAAGGAACUUGUUUUCUUCUAAAAGAAACUUAAACUGAACUCUUGUGUGCAGUACAUGCUGGACACAGUAACACUAAUGGUGGAGAUGAUACAUAGCUGUUUUACCCAAAUGCAUAGCUUGUAUUUUUUCUUAAUUCACAUUGAAACUCUUCUGAAAUGGAAUGGAUUUUUUGAUUCUUCUGUUAGGUGCAGUUUGUAUCAUUCUUUCCUCAUUCUAAUUUAGAAGCAGAUUCAUUAAUCCUGAUUCAGAGCUUGGGGUUUGUAAGUUGCCAAACUUUAUUCAGGAAAAUGAAAAUUCUUUAAUGCUUCCAUUUGCUCAGAUUAAACCAGCUUAUAAAUGCUUCUGGAAGGAGUUUAUUUUCUUCUAGCUAUAAUUUAAAAUUAUUUUAACAAAUAGUUGUGUUGUGUGUUCUUUUGUUGAUAUUCCCAUGACCAUUUUUGGGACCGGGACCAUUUAAGACAGACCCAGGAAAGAGAGAUAAUAUAUGAGUUUAAAAAGAGGUGAAAAAAUGAAUGAAUACAUUUGUAAAUAUAAAAAGUAUUGCAAAGAUAUAGAUUGACAAAGUGUCUUAUUAUUUGGAAAUGCAGAGUUUUUAACUUGCAUGGCAGUCAGAUCCCACAUGGAGUGUAAGCUUACUGUUGCUUUAAAAACAUAUCCUUUUUUUUUUUACUUUGGCCAAAAUGACUUUCUUUUUUGCCAAUCAUAAGAUUGUGUUUGAUGAAUUUUGUUAAGGAGAAUUGAUAUCUUCCUUUGUACAAUCAUUGUAAAGGUGUGCCCUAAUGUAAAUAUAAUGAGAUUGAAAAAACUGACCCGUGUAAUUUGGGUUGCAAGUGGUGAGAUUAAUAAAUUCAAGUAUGUAUUCACCAUAA